ACGUACCAUUGAUUUACUUUGAACAAAUAGAUCAAUAACGGAACAAUUGAUUUAAAUUGGUUUAUUGUGGCUCAAAUGUUUAAAUAGUACAAAGACCCAUGUAUACAUACAAGGGCAUGUAAUAUAAAUUUCACUCUGUAGACAAACCUUUGGAAUAAGAAUGAAACAGGUUUUCACAAAGAAAGAAUUUGACCACGAACUCGCUGAAGCUGGCGAUCGUCUCGUGGCUGUCGAUUUCACAGCAGACUGGUGCACAAAAACUUGCGAUGUUUCCCGAAGACUUAAUGACGUUAUGUUCCAGUACGAAUUUUCAGAAGUCGUUUUCCUACAAGUGGAUGUGGAUGAUAACGAGGAUACUCCACCAUUCUGCAAUGUAGAUUUGUUGCCUACAAUCCAAUUUUACAGAUAUGGAAGAAAGGUGGCGGAGAUCUAUGAAGACAGUAUGGAUCAGUUGCAGGCUGUUUUACGACUCCAUAGAUGAAUGCAUAUAGUAGUGGUUUUAUGUAUGGUUAUCUGUGCAAGUUAAAACAAAUUUUUGCAAUUGUGUGUUUUGUGUUUUCAAACAUAUACACGUCCAUGCCUUUAGUCAGGUUGUCUGAUGAAAAACUAUUAGUUUUGAAAUUUUGAUGCACGUGUCGUUGUUUGAUAUUUAUUUAGAAUUAGGUGUUAUUUGGGUAGAGUAAAAUAAACGAAAAACAAUAGAAA